AUGUUUGGUUCCGGAAAGCACUAUUCCAUGGAAGAGCAGCAAGGAAGGAGGAACGUUAAUGGAGAGAGAGAACUAGAAGGCGGCCAACCAAGCAGGAACAGUGGCCAAACUGGCCACGAACCUGAGGAUCUCAAAAAGGCAGAAGAAAGCACUCAAUCUCAAAGCCAGUGGCGAAGGAUAACAAAGGUUCCUCAGUUGUUGAGGGGGACCCAGGAUUUCAAGAAAUUGUACGAACCGAGGGUAAUUUCAAUCGGUCCUUACCACCACGGCAAGCCCCACCUUCACCCAGUGCAAAUGAUCAAGCCUCUAUGUGCCCGAAACUUCCUGGCUGAUAGUAACCAGGAAAUCGAAGCAUUGUACACAAAAAUUGAAAGUAAUAUCGAGGCAGUGAGGAAGUGCUAUAAUAAGAGACCGACGAUCAAGUAUGAUAAUGAGGCACUCGCCUGGAUGAUGCUUCUGGAUGGGUGUUCUUUACUACAAUUCAUCCGCCGGAAAGAUCUGAGAAAGUUUCUUAGAGAACACCAUAUAAAUUUUGUGAUGCAGGACUUGUUCUUGCUGGAGAACCAACUUCCCUUUGGAGUUCUCAAGUUGAUUUUUGAGGGAGCAAAAUUCAAUGAUGGUUUAACAAUGGAAGAGAUGAUAAAAAAAUUCGUCACUGACAACGGAAGGCUAGAAGAGUCGACAUUAGAAAUACAUCUGGAAGAGGCCUCUCAUAUCCUCGGCCUUUUGCGAAGUGCUCUCCUAGGCCAGAGUCAGCCCGAACAAGAGCGGCCACCUGAUAAAAAAGGAAAGUCGUCGGCGUCUCAAGGAAUAUGUGGGCGGUUCUGUAGCCCAUGUAAAAAAGGCAAACAACGAGGCAUUCGGCAGUCUUUUCGAAACAUCAAGGAGCUUAAAGCUGCCGGGAUCCAUCUCCAAUCAAGUAGAACGAGAUUCUUGACAGACAUUUCUUUCAAUUCCUACUUCUUCCGUGGCUACCUGAAUCUUCCCCCAAUAAUCGUUGAUGACUUCACGAAGUCCAGGUUCUUGAACAUUGUAGCCUACGAAAUGUGUCCAGAUGCCCCACAUGACUAUACGGUCACUUCUUAUAUAUGCUUCCUUUACGAACUCAUUGAUCAUGCAGAGGAUGUGAAGGAGCUGAGAUCUAAGCACAUUCUCCGCAACUGUCUUGGUAGCGAUGAAGAUGUGGCCCAUAUUUUCAACGACAUCGCCAACGACGUGGUAAGUACCGGAGUUUAUGGACAUGUGAAAGCUAGUAUUCAGGAACACUACGACAGGAAAGUGAGUACUUGGAUAGCUGAAGUCCGUCACAUACAUUUCAGGUCUCCAUGGACUGUCACGGCUUUCAUUGCUGCUGUUUUGAUACUAUUUCUUACUGGGGUUCAGGCCUACUACAGUCUUCCCGGUAAUUAAUAUAUAUGUAUAUAUAUAUAUAUAUAU